GAAAAAUAAAAUCAACAUUGAGUCUACUGAGAGCGUUUUAGUAAGUUCAUAACCAUGCUUGUGCCGGUUGUCCUGGCGACGGUCUGCCUCGCCAGCAGCAUGGUCUUGGCUGCUUAUGACAAACCAUUCUACGACGUGGAAGACGCUGAAAACCUGUUCAAAGACUUUGUUAAAGAGCACAAGAAAGUAUACAACCGAAGAGAAUAUAUUGAAAGACUUGAGAUUUUCAAGGAAACCUUAAAAGACAUAAAUGACAGAAACGCCAUGUUUCCUGACACUAUAUUUGCACUAAACCAUUUUUCUGAUCUGAAACCGCUUGAGCUGCAACACUACCUUGGUUUAAAACCCUCAAAUGGAACCGUGAGGAAAGUAAAAGUCUCCAACAGGUCAUAUCCUAUCCCUGAAGAAUUUGAUUGGAGGAAACACCAUGCGGUUUCACACGUUAAGAACCAGAAAACAUGUGGUAGCUGCUUUAUCUUCAGUGCUAUUGGCAAUAUUGAAGGGCAGUACGCUAUUAAACAUGGUAAAUGCUUAGCCCUGUCCGAAGGACAGGCGCUUGAUUGUCUCGAUUGUGGAUCUUGCUCUGGAGGGUCGCCGGCUGAUGUAAUGGGCGAAUUAGUAAAGAAGAAUUUAGAAAAGGAAGAACACUAUCCGUAUAACCCUGUUAAAAGAGACUGUAAAGAAGACAUUAAUAAAGGAGUUGUACAGAUGACAGGAGAAAUCUUACAAUUAGAUAUUGAAAAAGAAAUGGAUUUGAGGGGUUAUUUAGUACGCUUUGGACCUCUUUCAGUUUCUGUAAACUCCAAAGACUUUUUUCAUUAUAAUGGCGGUAUAUUAGAACCUAGUAAGUGCAAAGGCCUACUGGGGGACCAUGCUGUGCUCUUGGUGGGAUAUGGAGAAGAAAACGGCAAAUUAUUCUGGAUAAUCAAAAACUCGUGGGGUGCGGGUUGGGGCGAAAAAGGCUACUUGAGACUUUCAAGAGAAGACAACGCAUGCGGUAUUUUCGUCCAAGUCCUAACAACUUCCGUAUAUUAA